AUGGCAGACAAGACAACCACCCCACAGAACGGCGCAUCUACCAAUGGCGACAACUCGACCAUUCAGCCACCAGUCGUUCCAGCCGCCGGAACAUCCGAGACUCAAUUCUGGCAAGCUUUCAAUGACUUGGUGGAUCAGAUCAUCGCACAGAGAACGAGAGAUGGAAGUACUGGCCCGAUUUCGGUUACCCGCGAAGCGAUAAAGCCUCUGUUCAAGCUUCUGGAAGAGUGGAAACCAGCUCUGAUUAGUAACACUCAGUGGGUGAUCCUCAUGAAGGAGGAGAAGCUACGAAGUGAUACCAGUAAGCGAAGUGUGCAGGAUGCAGUUCGAGACGCUAUGUCACAACUCAUCCGAGAGUCAUCUCUGUGA